UCUGGUCAAUUACUUGUCUUCAGUCUCCAUAUCAUCAAAUCCAUACUCAAAUCCAUCUCACAUCCCACCGUAGUAUCCGUCUGAAGCAUUGACAGCGAUGGCUGCCCUUUACAAAGCUUCACUUGUCGCCUUGGCCGGCAUUGGCGCGUACACGCUCCACGCCCUCUCCAGCCAGAACGGCAUGUACGAGAUGAUCAAAUCGGUCGGCGAGAGACACCUGUUGACCGACGGUGUCACGGCAUGGCCUCAAUGGCUCCAGGACUACGAAUUCCGCCUCGUAGCACCGCUACUGGGCUUCUUCUGGCCGUUUGCAAACGCGGAACAGGCUGAUCUCCUCCUCUGCGGCAUCCCGUUCGCGGGUGCUGUCAUGUCCGGAUGGACGGUGAUACUCCUCGAAGCAAACCGAAACGGCGUCCGAGGAGGCGCAGGGUCAUACACGACCAUCUACGGCCUCCUCGUCCAGACACUCGGCUUCGCAGUCGUUUCCCCCCUAUUCCUCCUCAUCAACCUCUUCUCCUCCACAAUCCCCUCCUCCCCAACCCCAACCUCGCUCUCGCACCCAAACCUCAAGCAGCUCAAAGCCCUCCCCUACGCCCUCACCCUCGGCUUCGUCGUCCCAAGCGCAAUCAUGCUCCUCCCGUACCCCAGCCUGCUCUCCCUCGACUCCAAAAUCGCCGCCGUGCUAGCAUGGCAGGUCUUCCCCGUCUUUGUCACGCUGUCGUCCUAUGUCCUCGCGCCCUGUUUCGCUGGCCCCAAGAACGCAUCGCCGGCCGCUCAACUGCCGUCUCUGCGCCGUGCGUACGCCUUUGCGUUGCUGGUAUCCUCCAUCGCGCAUGUCUACACCGUUGGGCUGAGCGUGACAUCUGCGCUCGUGCCCUCGCUUUUCAAUGAAGCGAGUGCGGCAACUCUAGCGCCAUCGAACGUGUUUCUCCCGGUUCUGCAUGCGCCGCGCGUUGUGUCUGUGGCGGAGGGCGCGCUGCGGUUGUUGAAAUGGGACCAUGCGGUUGGUGCGCUGGCGCAUGUUGUGUGGGCGGUUGCGACGACGCGGAAUGUGAAUCUGCGUAGUAGCGCGUUUAGUUCCGGCAGUGUGUGGAUUGAUAUGGUUGUGAGGUCGGUGUUUUUGGGGCCGAUGAGUGCGGUUUUGUGUUUGAUUUGGGAGAGGGAUGAGGUAGUGCUUGGGGGAGAGCAUUUGAAGACGAAAUGAGGCUUAUAGGCUUGUGAGAAAGGGGGGGUAGCAGGGGAGGAAGUGCGAGGUGGAGAGGAUUGGGGAGGAGGUGCGAAUGGAGAGUAAUCGUGCUAGAGUCCAUAAUUUUGGCGCGUGGAUGUGCUAGAAUUCAAGUUGAUAUCAGACAUAGAUCGCCAUCCACGCCAAACUCGCAGCGUUAUCGACGACUUCCAGUUCUACUCCGCAUUGCACA